AUGGGAGUCCUGGUGCCGCUUCCCGGCAGGAGGAGGAGAGCCAGCUCCAGCAUGAGGGCAGCCCUGGCCCUGCUGUCGCUCUUGGCUGCUGCACAGGCCUUACACCGAGGGAAAGCUUAUGUCCGGGAGAAGGUCUGCCAGGAGUACAAGAUCCUGGGCAAGGAGAACUUCAGAACCCUGACCAUCAUUUCCACCAGCCAGAAAUAUUCCAACGGCACCUUCCAGGAGAUCGGCCACCUCGUCCGGGAAAUCGUCUCCCUGGCCGAGACCUGCUGCGCCGAUGGGGCCGACCCCUCCUGCUAUGACGCAGGGUCCACGGCGCUGUCGGAUAAAUCCUGCGGGGCGGACUCGCCCUUCCCGGCGCACCCCGGCACGGCGCGGUGCUGCGGCCAGCAGGGGCUGGAGCGCAAGCUGUGCCUGGCCGCCCUGCGGCACCCGCCCCAGCCCCUGCCCCGCUUCCUGCAGCCCUCCGACAGAGAGCUCUGCCACGCCUUCCGCCUGGAGCCCCGGGAAUUCGCCGACAGGUUUCUUUAUGAGUAUGCCAGCAGCUACAGCCAGGCUCCCCUGCCUGUGCUCCUGGCCUCCACCACCACCUUCCUCUCCAUGGUCUCCACCUGCUGCAUCUCCCCCACACCCACUGCCUGCUUCCUGAAGGAGAAACUGGAGAGGAAAACCCUCUCCCUACUCACCCUGACGUCAAACCGGAUCUGCUCCCGCUUCUCGGCCUAUGGCAAGGACAAAGCCAGCUUCAGCUCCCUGGCCUUGCUGGCUCAGAAGAUUCCCACUGCCUCCUUCGAGGAGCUGCUGCCCCUGGCUGAGGACGCUGCCGAGGUGGCUUCCCAGUGCUGUGACUCCAUGGCUGAGGACUGCAUGCAGAAGAAGCUCUUGGAGCACACGUCCAGAGUCUGCUCGGCACUGUCGGCGCAGGACAGGCGCUUUGCCGCCUGCUGCCAGGGGAAAAACCUGAUGGAAAACCAUUUCUGCAUCCUGGCCAUGCCCCCAGCCCCAGCUACCAGGCUGCCAGAGCCACCAGAGCCCACCAACAACGAGCUGUGUGCCAAGGAGGGGGCUCUCCACGCCACCAGGUUCCUGUUUGAGCUGGCCCGGAGGCAUCCCAACCUCCCCGAGGCCGUCCUCGCCAAGCUCUACGACUCCUCUGGGAAACUCCGGGAGGAAUGCUGCUCCUCCAAGGACCCCUCUGCCUGCUGGGACAGCAAGCGCCAGCGGAUCGCAGCGGAGCUGUUCCCCUUCCUGGCAAAGGCCGACCAGCUCUGCGGGCAGUACCACAAGCUGCCUUUCCUUGAGUUCAAGAAGAGGCUGCGGGACAGUCUGGCCCAGCCCGAGCCCGAGCCCAGCCCGGCGCCGCUGGAGCAGCUCCUGGAGCAGCGAGCAUCCUUCGCCUCCUCCUGCUGCCUGUCGGACGCUCCGCCGCUUCUCUGCGCUUCCAAGGUCACCUCGGAGCUGGGAGAGCUGUGCCAGGGGGAUUCCUGCCUGCUGGGAUAG